AUUCGGUGGAAAAUGUUGAAGUGAGCGGUUGUUGACGAAGUUUGCUUAAGAAUUUCUUUUAAACUUUUUUUAUUUAGAUUGAAAGCGAGUUUUUAUUUAAAGAAAGCUUAAAAUUUCUUGAUAACGUAAAUUAAUCGAUUUAAUAUUAUUUAAACAAAAGAAACAUCAAAAUCCAAUGCAUUUUUGUACGGAAUAGUAAAUCUACAUGCAGGGAUUUGUGACAGCUAACUGAAAUUUAAACGGAAGGAUUCUAAAAAUAAAGAUACAAUCAUCGUCAAUUAACAAGUGGAAAAAAAGAGAAGCAAAGUGUUUUGAAGAGUUUUAAGCACAUAAAAAAUUGGAAGUAAAAGAAUUUCAAAGGCAAUAAACAUCAUCGCAGUGAUAAUUUGUGAAUUUUUUAAAGAAAAAUUAUGAUUCAUUGAGCAAAGCGCACUUCCUAUUCACUACUAAUAAAGACGGAACUUAAAUAAAAAAAAGUGAUUCUCAUAAUUUGGAAUUGAGAUUUAAUGACACCGAGCAAAGAAAUAAAUAUUUAAUGCAUUACAUCAUUUUAAUUUGACUUUAAAAUUGGUGUAGAUUUUUAACUAAGCUUAUAUCUUCUUGGACUCACAUCAUCAAGAACACAACCAACUGGAAAAUAAAACUAUAAUUAAAGAUUGUUGGAAGUAUGAAGCUAUUACCAAUACCAUUAUCACCACUCAGCGGGCCACCUUUAGGAAUGUGGGGUUCUGAUUUACUUUGGCGUUAUCCUCCAGCACCACCAAGUCCUUUGGCUGAAUUGAAGACACAAUUGCCGACACAAUUAUCAACUGAUCCAAGAUUGUGGGGACGUGAAGAAGUCACAAUUUUCUUAAGAUGGACGGAGCGUGAAUUUGAUUUACCCAAAUUUGAAUUGGAUUUAUUUCAAAUGAAUGGCAAAGCUCUUUGCUUGUUGACGAAGAAUGAUUUAGGCGAAAGAUGUCCUGGCGCUGGAGAUAUUAUUCAUAAUGUUCUGCAGCUUCUUAUUCGUGAUGCUCAAAGUCUUAAUCGACAUUUACCAAGCAGUCCAGUGACACCAACAAGUCGAUAUCCUUUGUCACCUCACAGCCAUCCACCAACACCAAAUUGGAGCUCAUUAGCGCCACCGGAUAAUCCUUUUUAUGCCUCACAUUUACAACAUUUCAUGGCAUCAAACUCGGUGACUCUCAGCCCAGCACCUUCGAUAGAGUCGCAGAAUGGGAGUCCACCACAAAAUCAACAAGAAACAGCUUCAACAGUCUUCGCAAGCGGAAACAUUAAAUCAGAAAAUACUCGUUCGAACGAGAACAACACAGAAUUGAGAAUGAACAGUACAAGCGGAAGUGACUCUGCUGGAGGUUCCAGUAUUCAAGCUAGUACGAGUUCAGGAAGUAGUAGUCAUCAAAGCGAUUCCGAUGAAGAGAAUCAAAACCAAUAUAAGCAAAGAAAAAUAUCAAAAUUGCUUCCACCACCAAUCACUCACUCAUCUUCGUAUCAAUCUUCAUAUCAACAAAGUCCACCCGUGACCCCAAACAUGAAACAUGAAACAACAAAUUUACUUUUACAACAUCAACAACAACAAGUUCAUAAGCAUUUGGGACUUGAAUAUUCACAACAUGGUUUGUUCUUUAACAAUCAACAUGAUUCAUCGAACAACACAAGUGGUUCAAGUAGUGCUAGCCCAUCAACACCUACAACACCUGGAUACAUGUCAGUGAAACGAGAAUUCUUUCCAGAUACGCCAUCAGAGCCCAACACAAAUGGACGACUUUUGUGGGAUUUCCUUCAACAACUUCUUAAUGAUCAUCAACAACGUUACAGCAAUUACAUUGCCUGGAAGUGUCGUGACACUGGUGUCUUUAAAAUUGUUGACCCUGCUGGUUUAGCUAAGCUUUGGGGAAUUCAGAAAAAUCAUUUAUCAAUGAAUUAUGACAAAAUGUCACGUGCCUUAAGAUACUAUUAUCGUGUAAACAUUCUUAGGAAGGUUCAAGGCGAAAGACAUUGUUACCAAUUUUUGAGAAAUCCAAGCGAGUUGAAAAACAUUAAAAACAUUUCACUUCUACGACAAUCAAUGGUGAAUUCAAGUCAGCAACAGUCAACGACAUCAUCACAAAAUCAUCAAAGUAAUUCAAAUACGACGUCUGCUGCUGCACUUCAAGCUUCAGCUUUAGCGAGUUUACUGCCACAAAGUACAAAUUUACAACAGCUUACAGCAGCAUUAGUUCAAAAUAAAUUGGAAUACAACAAGAUUGAUGAUGAACCAACUGACUUGUCAACAUCGAGUAAUGCAGCAGCUGAAAGAUGUGGAAUGAAAUCAGAAGCUGAUUGUUAUCCACUUAUUCGUGGUUCAAAUGGAUUGACAACAAUUCAAUUAUUAAGACAGCAUCAAGAAAGUAUAGCCCAACAUUUGAAUAAUUCACAAUCACCAUCUUCAUCACCAACCUCACUUUCACCACCAAUUCAUCAUUUGUCCUUAAAGAAGGAAACCUCAACGCGUGAUCAAAGCGACGAAGAUAUGCCAACUGAUUUGAGAAAAAAUUAUGACUGAAGCUCAAAGUAAAAUUUAGAAACAUUUUUUUAUAUAUUUUUAUUAUAAUUUUCAUUCGGACAUUUACGGUGGUUAUGUGAUAAAUAUUGGUAAGAUUCAUUUGUGAGAAAGAGAAACAUGAAACCACAUUUUUAUACAUGAAUAUUCUAAAUACAUAGAUAGAUAGUUGAUUAAAUAUACGAAAGGAAAAAUCUAUUAAAUUUGAUAUCAUCAGAAAAUCUGAUACAAUAAAUUACGUGCCAACUUUAAAAAAUAAGCUGAAGUAAAGAAAAUUUCAAUCAACUUUGAUAAAAAGAUGUAAAGAAAAAGAGAAAAAUUAUCUAAAAUGGUUU